AUGUCGCGAGAGGACUUUUCAUGUGGCAUCUGCUACGAUUUGGCCACUGAACCGGUCGUGACGCGCUGUGGCCACCUGUUCUGUUGGAAUUGCCUGGAUCAGUGGCUGGGACGGCGCGACGCGGUGCCGGAAUGCCCCGUGUGUCGUGGCCGUGUAGACAAGCGGCUUCAGGGGGACAUCAUUCCGCUCUAUGGUAAAGGUAGGCAGACACACGCGGCAGGCUCCUCGUCGUCAGUGAAAUCAUCGUCGCCACCGCAACCACAACCCCAUCAACGCCACGAACAACCGCAACGUCCACGCCCGGCUGCAGAUCGAGCACCGCCUGUGGGACGCCCUGGGGCAAACUAUGUUAAUCAUCCUCUCUCCUUAGGAAUCGGUAGCUCUUUUUUCAUUUAUGGAGGCAACAUGAGCUUGACACUUCUGCUCGUGGCUUUGUGGGCCAUCUAUCAUUUUGCCCCUUGGCGCCAGGUCUUGGCAGGCGUGCGGGGCGGCGAUAGCAGCCAGGGGAGGACGGAGCAGAUGGGGCAACAGGAGAACAAUACUGAUUCGGAAGCUCGUCGAGCGCCUCGACCGGAUGCAAUAGUUCGAAGGGUGCUUUUAUCCGUUGCCGUUGCAUAUAUAAUUCAUUAUCUUUUUGUGGCAUGA